CCGACGCGUUGAUCGGAUUUAGCUCGUUUCCUCUCUGCUUUUGAUUUCUCUCACGAUUCACUGAAUCACAGGCACACACGGUGGCGCGAUUGAAAUUCAAAUCGAAAAAAAAAACUCCAAUCGAUACUUUGCAUCAAUCUCUGGUUGAUUUUGCACCUGUGAGAGAGACCAGAUCCGAAGUUUCUUUCUUCUCGAACGAAGAAAAUGCAAGCAAGGCAUGUGCAAUCCUCGUAUCGAGAUCGGACGGACGAGUUCUCCGGUAUCGUUGAAAGUCGUCGGAGAUCGAUUGCUCCAACGGCGGCGAAUAAUGCGCCGUACGGUAGUGGGGGAAGAAGAGAGGAUCCGAGAUCUGCGGCGGCGAAUCAAUCGGAGUUCAGUAAGAGAGCUUCUCUGAUCGGUUUAGCUAUCCACCAGACGUCCCAGAAGCUAUCCAAGCUCGCUCAACUGGCGAAGAGGUCGUCAGUGUUUGAUGAUCCAACGCGGGAGAUACAAGAGCUGACGGUUGUGAUCAAACAAGAGAUCUCUGGUCUAAACGGCGCUUUACUCGACCUUCAAGCUGUACGCAACAACAACUCCCAUGAUAACGAUGAAAGGAGCAUCUCUAGAGACACCACUAGUCACUCUGCAACUGUUGUUGACGAUCUCAAGAAUCGCUUGAUGGACACUACCAAGGAGUUUAAGGAUGUUCUUACUUUGAGAACUGAGAACAUGAAGAUCCAAGAAGAUCGAAUGAAAAAAUUCUCGAAAAUCUCUUCGAAAGAAUCAGCAAAUCCGUUUGUUCGGCAGCGCCCUUUGGCUUCUAAGCCUUCACCUAGUCAACCUGCUCCUCUUCCAUGGGCAAAUGGUUCUUCUUCUUCUUCGUCUCAGUUAGUCCCAAGUAGGCAGGGAGAGGCCGAAUCCUCACCACUAUUGCAACAGAGUCAACAACAACAGCAGCAGCAGCAGCAGAUGGUCCCGUUGCAAGACACAUAUAUGCAAAACCGAGCAGAAGCUCUACACAAUGUAGAGUCAACAAUCCAUGAGCUAAGCAAUAUCUUCACACAACUAGCAACCAUGGUGUCUCAGCAAGGGGAGAUCGCUAUCAGGAUCGAUCAGAACAUGGAAGAUACGUUGGCGAAUGUGGAAGGCGCACAGAGCCAACUGACUAGGUAUCUCAACAGUAUAUCGUCUAACCGGUGGCUCAUGAUUAAGAUUUUCUUCGUACUGAUUGCUUUUCUCAUGGUUUUCCUCUUCUUCGUUGCGUGAUAUUGAAAUAGAAAAAGAAAAUGAUUCUUAACGAGUUAUAAACAUUAUUCUCUUUUCUGUCGUAUCGUAUUGACAUGUUUAGACAGUAAAGAAAGAAGAGUUAUUUUUGGGUUCUC